AUGGCGCCGACAGCAGCGGCGCCAGAGGUGGCACUGCGGUCCGGGAACGCCAGGCCUAUGCCAGCGAUUGGCAUGGGCACGUCCAAGUACCCGCUGGUGCCGGAGACCACGAGGGAUGCCGUGCUUGCGGCCGUGGAGGUCGGCUUCCGCCACUUCGACACGGCCUCCCUAUACGGGUCGGAGCGGUCGGUGGGUGAGGCCGUAGUGCAGGCACUGCGGUGCGGGCUGGUGGCGUCCCGGGAGGAGGUGUUCAUCACGUCCAAGCUCUGGUGCACGCAGUGCCACCCACACCUGGUGCUCCCGUCCCUCCGGGAAAGCCUCCAGAACCUGCAACUGGAGUACGUGGACCUAUACCUGGUCCACUUGCCUGUCUGCCUGAAGCCUGGGCCAGCAGCGUUCCCGGCGAAGCGGGAGGACGCCAUGCCAUUUGACUUUGAGGGUGUGUGGCGGGAGAUGGAGGAGUGCCACCGCCUCGGGCUCGCCAAGGCCAUCGGCGUCAGUAACUUCACCACCAGGCACCUAGACAAGAUCCUUGCAGCUGCCACUGUCCCACCAGCAGUCAACCAGGUGGAGUUAAACCCAGCCUGGCAGCAGAGGAAGCUGAGGGCGUACUGCGCUGAGAAGGGCAUCCACGUCACGGCGUACUCGCCAUUGGGUGGGCAAAAAUGGUCUGGAACAGAGGGCAACGCCGUGCUGGAAUCUGAGGUGCUGACGGAGAUUGCCAAGUCUAGAGGAAAGAGCAUCGCACAGGUAGCGUUGAGGUGGAUUUAUGAACAAGGAGUGAGCCCCAUCGUCAAGAGCUUCAGCAAGGAGAGGCUCAAACAAAACCUUGAGAUCUUCGACUGGGAGCUGACUGAUGACGACCUCGUCAAGAUCUCUCAGAUUCCACAGAAGAAGAUUGUCAUUGCUGCCAACGGAAUCUUCUCGACAGAGGGGGAGUUCACUUCAGUUGAUCUUUUAGACAUCGAAAUUGUCGAGGAAUAGAAUUAGGUGCAUAGAACGCCUGCCUGCAUCACUGUUUGCUUUAAACUGCAGGAGCUUCCUUACCGAGCGAGAACAAUUAAAGGAGUGUUCAGUCCGUGUUAUGCUUCGGUAUGUUGGACAUGUAUAUUGAGCAACACCUCCUGUUAAAGAGAAGCAAACAUCAUGAGAACCCAAA